GAUGAUUCUCAAUAACCACUUCCAAAUUGGCAUCAAAAUGAUGUAGAACACAUUUACAUAAUGUUUCCGGCAUAUUAGUCUGUUGGAAGCUGCCCCGAACGAUAUAUGAGUCGUGAUGGCGUCGAUAUCUUAUCAACCUCAGAAGAUUGAUUACCCCUCACUCCGUCAGGCACAAUAAAUACACACUCUACACAAAAUGUAUGUAUCAAGAAUGUCAUAAAUGCAGAAGCAAGUACCAUAUGAACGGUGUCGAUAGUGUUAUCUAUCGCGAUACAAAUUGCUACUAUUUCAUUGGUGGGCGGAUGUACUCAUACGAUUGAGUCAUAGGACUGCUUGCUAGCUACCAUGCAAUCCAUCUAUUGAUAUCGGUCGUAAGAUACAACUCUAACAUUGCGAAUUUUAAAUCCAGCAGAUCUUAUAUCACUUAAUUCAUCACUCUUCCCAGCAGUCCCAAUCAUGGGUCUCCUCGAGAAUCUCUCGAGUCAAUUAACUACAGAUCCCUUCAUAGUCCUCCUCACAACCAUAACCCUAUUCCUGCUCCUCCGCUCCACCUACCGCUGCACCCUGCAUCCCCUCUCCCACAUUCCCGGGCCUCUCAUCCCAAAACUCACUUCCCUUUGGCUACACUACCACGCCUACAUCGGCGACGAAGCAAGCACAAUCCACAAACUCCACGCCCAAUACGGCACAAUAAUCCGCGUCUCCCCCACGGAAAUCGACAUCGCAGACGCAGACGCCAUAACACCAAUCUACAUAACCAAAGGAGGAUUUCCCAAAGCUCCUUGCUAUGCCAAUUUCGACGUAGAUGGACAUAAAACGAUUUUCUCGACUACAGAUGUCGAGUUUAGGGCUCCGAGGGCGAAAGCGGUCAUGCCCUUAUUCUCGACUAAAUGUAUUAGGGAUAGUGAGAUUGCGUUGUAUGGAUGUGUGAAUAAUUUGGUGAGGAGAAUGAGGGAUGAAGCUAAAGGGGGGGAACCGGUCAAUUGUCUGAAUCUUGCGCGGAGUUUGGCUCUAGAUGCUAUUUCUACGCAUUUGUUCUUGGAGAAUUAUAAUGGGACUUUGGAAAAAGGAGAAAAGCUUUCGGCUUCUGCGUUUGUGGAUGCUUUUGUUGCUGUGGGAAGAUUUUUUUACUUGCCUAAUACGGCUUUUGUUUGGUUAUCAUGGCUCGUGGAGAAGCUCGUGAUGGAUUCACAUACUGAGAAUUCUAUCAAGUUGGUGGAUCAAUUUGUUGAUAAUCUUGUGGAAUCUACUCCAAAGCAGAGUCAGAAUUAUCCCGGUCGAUUGCUCAAUAUGGGAUUCAGCAAGUCGGAAGUCAAGGCUCAUUGUAAGGAUCUCAUGUUUGCAGGAACAGAUUCUACGGGUAUGAAUCUCGCGACCAUAUUUCGACAAUUAGUCCUAAAUCCCGAGAAGUAAGUUAUCCCUUUCCUAUUAAUAAUCCGAGGUAAUCAUUUACAAAAACCACAGGUAUGAAAUCCUCCGUGCUGAAAUCAUGGAAAAUGUAAAUUCGAGACAUAAACAAGAAAUUCAAGCUCUACCCUAUCUCUCCGCAGUAGUAAAGGAAGGUCUACGCAUCAGCAUGGCAAAUCCAACUCGUCUACCUCACAUUGUUCCUACAGGGGGAUGGACAUUCAAAUCCGUCUAUUUCCCCGCUGGAAGCAUUGUAGGAUGUUCAGGCUACGAGCUCCAUUUCAACGCAGAAGUAUUUCCCAAUCCUCAUGAAUUUCAGCCCGAAAGAUGGCUAGAGGGAAAUAUUACAGCUGAAGCAAAUAAAUAUUGGUUUGCCUUUGGUGCGGGUAGUAGAGCAUGCAUUGCGAGGAAUCUUGCUACGGUGGAACUUCUUAUGGCGGUGGAGAAGGUGGUCGAGAAUGAUGUUUUGAGGGGUGCGAGGGUUUGUCAGGAGAGAGUGGAGAUAUUUGAGUGGUUUAAUUCGAGUGUCAAGGGUGAGAAAAUGGAGUUGAUUUGGAGCUGAGAGGUUUUUGAUCGGUGUUGGUUACCCAAGAUAACUAAUGUAUGUAAAUACUUUAAUG